AUUUUUAUUGACGUACAUGUACGUACUGGUCAAGUCUAAAAUAUGAUUAUUUGAUAUAAGGUAGCACAAAUCUGACCAUAAUCUAUCUUCAUGCAAGCGCUAUCAAUAACGUAUGAGGGGGCCUGUUGAUAUUUAUUGUUAUAUAUACACUGUAUAUAAUAGUGUGAUUUGCAUACUGUCAUGUAAAUUUGUGGUAUCUGAUUCUUCAAGAAACAUUUCUUCAAAACACCAUCACCUGCUGAAUAAUGAAGCAACACUUUCCAGCAUAGCUACAGCUAGCUGAUACUGUUUGACAACGGAUGAUAUUUUAAAAAUAUAUAUAUUAAUAUAUUGACUGUGAAGAGUUUAUGCGCACAAGGUUUACUGUUACGUGUAUUUGUAUGAAAUAUUCAGUUUAAUAUGAUAAAUUUGCAUGAAGUUUAGUUUAACGUUUAGAUUUCCACCCCUCGAAAACCAUUGCAACUUUACACACAACUGCAAUAUUUAUUUUAAAAAAAGGAGUUAGGGUUUUACGCAUGGUUAUGAGGUGAUAUCAGUUUUUUGAAAUGGUGGUAUUUCUAAAUGGCAAUAAUUAACGAAACGGGGCUUCUCACAGUUAUGCGUUUCCCUAAACUGAUUUUUCUAGGAAAAGAAUGCGAGUGUCUUGUAGAUAAAGUUUGUUUGAAUUGUGCAUAAUAAGGCGUUUAACAAAAGGCAUUAUAUACCAGUUAAUAACCAGUUUAUUACCAUAUAUUAAUGAAAAAAUCCUUUUAAAAUGGAGAUUGUCCAAACCAGAAAAUCUUAUUAUGUUGAGGAUUAGGGGCAAUUUUUUCAGCUGUUUGGGGUUCUUUUCAAUUUACAUUUUUUAUGGUAAAAAGUUAAGUUUAAAAAAAGGGGAACUUUGUGUUUGUGAAUAUGAAUAGGAGCGUAGAUGAGCAAUAUGUGUUUUUGAUUUUCAAUUACACUCAGCGGCAACAUGAGAAUUAAAUCGCAUUUUUUUUUAUAUUACAAAAACCUGAUUCUGGAACUCCUCUUACAUUUAACACAUUUUAAAUACCGAAUGGAAGCUGAAAAUCAACUCGCAAAAAAGUGGUGCUCAGUACACUUUGCCAUGUGCAGGGAGAAUAUAUUUUGCUUAACGGCGAGGAUCUCAAUUUAAAUGAUAUUAUAAACAAUGACAAAAUGACAGGAUUUGGGAAGUCGGUUUUUCACAGUUUGUUAACGUUUUAAAAAGUAGGAUACCUGAUGUCAUCAGAGUUUAAUUUUAAAAGGCUAUUAUGGGCACAUACUUUGACAGGUUUCUUCACCUGCUGCUCGAUUUUGUGGUGUAUGGUCAUUCAGCAUAAAAUGCAGGAGAUCCAACACAUCUGCCAGAUGGAGUUUAGAGAAAUAAAGAAAAGGCAAAAUCAUUAUGUGAGUUCAGUGAACAGCUUAGAAGCAGGGUUACAAAGUGUUAAACUAUCUGUAAACAGUCUGGCUGAGUCAGUAGCAGAGCAAAGGAAUCUAGUCAAAACGACAAUGGAAAGACAACUUCAAAUUAGCAGAGACCUGACAAGAUGUUCUGAAGAUUUGCUAAACCUUCAUGCAAAACAUCCAUCAUACCCACAAUCAUACGUUGAUAAGGCAAAAGAUGAACUGAAACAUCACUUUGAGGCCGAAAGAGGAAAGAUAUUUGAAAAUCUUUAUGAAGAAAAAAUACGCAAUUUACAUGAAAUAGUUGAAAUACAAUUUAUCAAAUAUAAAUCUCCCAAAGAAGUAAAAUAUAAUUCAUCUAACCAACAUUCAUCUGAAUCACAUUUGACAAAGAAUAUUCUGGUACCAAUAUUAAACGAUUUAAAGAGAUCUAUGAAGAAGUUGAUGAUGACGUCAAAAAGCACCUUGCACUAUUUGCACAGACUCUUACGUCAACAGGUCUCAGAAUUAGCAGAGGCAAGACUUUGGACUGUUAGACAAAUCCAGCAAAAGUUUAAACAUAAUGGAAAAGUUAUGGAUGCUUUGAAUGUACAUUUGAAAAGUAAUAAGAAAGGAAUAUUGUCUUUAAAUGAUACGAUUAACUCAUUGAAAAGCUUUUGUUUAUCUUAUCCAAGUUUUGCAUACAGAUGUGGACAUGAAAUAAAAAGGAAAUGCAUCAAAGGACCGGAUGGAAUGGAAACGUUGCAAUAUAAACCUGAUGGAAUUUGGGAUUUAUUAAUAAUACCUGCACUACUAGUAAUAGCAUCGGUGGUUUAUGUUAUUUGGACAAACAGGCCAAGCGGUAAUAAAGAAGUAGUUAAGCAAUGGAUGGAGAGUUCUUUAACUAAAAAGAAACCCCAACCCAUACCUGAAUCGAAGGAAAACCUUGAAAAUUCGCUGUGUGUCGUUUGUUUUGGAUAUGGAUCUGAUAAACAGAAGUAUGUACAUUUGGCCUCUGAGUUGAUGGGCUCUGGGUUCUCUCUACAAAUGAAGAAAGUUGUAGUCAAUUCUACAGAAAGUCUGGAUACUCUGCCCCCAUCUAAGGUUAUUCUUAUGUUUGUGGAUUACAACGAAAGGAACCUAAUCAUAGAGGAAGAACAGGGAGGUUUGAAAAGAGAAACUCUAUUGAUGCUACAAGGAACUGGUGCUGAGGUAACUGUCGUUUACUGUUAUGAGCUUUCUUCUAAGCAUCUUGAUGAAGGACGUCUUUUUGCGCAGAAGUUGACUGUCGUUGAAAGAAUGAAAGAACUCAGAGAACUGCGUGACAGGAACUCCAUAUUUAGUAUCUACAACACAUUCAACCCGACACAGAAAGAAGUCUUCCGCUCUAAGCUGAAAAAUUCUUGUUAGCACGCUAUUCUAUAUAUAACAAUAAAACAUCGCCGGGAA